UCUUCCUUCUCAGAUAAUGACGUCUCGACUAAGCAGUGCGACGAGUUGAGCAUAUAUAAAGUACACUUUCAUUUCGUUUUGAAAAACAAACCUUUCACUUUCCAUUUGGAUACAUCAUUGGAUUCUCUUACUAGUCGCUUGGAUUACACAAACAGAAUUCAAACAUGCAGUCCAGGAAGCUUUUCUGCUUGGUGAUAGUCUCCUGCCUGCUUUCAAUUGACAUCUUGCUCCCUGUCGUCUUGGCUGGCCAUCAUGGUAACAGAAACCAGAAUGGCAUCGAGCUUCUGCUAGCUGCUGGUAUCCUUGCUAAGCUGCUCCGCAAGAAAGGAGGAGGUGGUGGACACCAUCAUCAUCAUCAUGGCCACGGCCACGGCCAUGGUCACAGUCAUCAUGGGUCAGGAGCAAGGAUGAUUGAGGUAGUACAUGUUGCUCCACCUAUGGGUGGAUAUUCAUCUCCUUACCCAGUCCAUCCCGCACAAUCAUAUGAAACAGCCGGAUAUGGUGGUCCGUCACCCAUGCAUGGCGCACGGACCUCAUACGGUGGUCAUGCAGGCUCAGCAACUACAAGCUUCUCUUCUUCCGUCGAAUAUCCAUACGCUGCUUCUCACCCAUUAGCCAUACAUCAUCAUAUGCCCUACUCUGGACCUCCAUCUUCAGCAGCAUUCAUCGGAUACGAACCUCAGCCAAUAGCUUAUGGUCCUCAUCCACCACAAGAGCAUAUGCAUCAUCCUUAAAAGGAAAUAUCACGUAGUUUUUUUUUUCAAUUAAAUCAAAUCAUAGACUAUAAAACUUUAUUUUUCAAAACCAGGUUGAUUGUCUACUUCAGAUAUUAUUUGCAUCUAAACUUUACUAUACCGUAGAUGCUUUUUGAAGCUCAUAGCAUUUUUUAAAUAUUUGCCAAUAAAUGGAAGGCAAGAAGUUGGGGUAAUAUCUGAGAUACUGGCGCAACUUCAGCACUUGCUUCAAAUAUACGUCUUGUUGCCAGAAUUCUAAAAUAGCAAUGUUACAACUCCUGAAUCGAACAUUAAAAUGCAUAUCAAUUAUGUUCUUUAAGUACAAUAAUAUUUAUAAUUAGUACAUAGUAUAUAUAAACCAAUAAGCGUAUUGAAAGAUAAUAUUAAAUCUUAUACUAUCAAUUUUAUAAACAAUGUAAAUAUUGUAAAUAUGCAUGUGUAUAGUAAUGUUAACUGUAAGGUAAGUUAGGGUUUAUAAUUACGAACUGUAUACCGUUUUACAUUUUCUACUUGGUUUACUACCGGUCCUGUAUUACAAAAGUAGUGUAUCACCUGCUAAGAGAUGAGUUUUGUAGCGAUAUUACCCUGUUGUUUGUUUCUAUAUUUCUAAUUCCAUAAAUAAGAAAUGUAGACACUAUGUAAAUAUUGUAUAUAUUUAAUGUAGAGAAUAAAAUUUUAUGUUGUAUUUUGGUU